AUGUCUCGGGAAUCAGCUGGAUCUCUGCCCUCCUCUGUUCUCCUCCUAGCCGCCGUGUCUCUUGUCGCCAUCGUCGCAGCCGAGUCUCCAUACCGCUUCUUCGAUUGGAACGUCACCUACGGCGACAUUUACCCGCUCGGUGUCCGUCAACGAGGGAUCCUGAUCGACGGCGCAUUCCCGGGGCCGGACAUCCACUGCGUCACCAACGACAAUCUCAUUAUCAAUGUGCACAACAGCUUGAACGAGCCUUUCCUCCUCUCUUGGAAUGGGAUGCAGCAGAGGAGAAACUCAUUCGUGGAUGGUGUCUACGGCACCACGUGUCCGAUCCCGCCGGGCAAGAAUUACACCUACAUUCUCCAAGCUAAGGAUCAGAUUGGCAGCUUCUACUACUUCCCUUCGCUUGCCUUCCACAAGGCCGCUGGUGGGUUCGGCGGGAUCAGAAUCCUCAGCCGUCCCGGGAUUCCGGUGCCUUUCGCUGACCCCGCCGGCGACUACACCAUUCUCAUCGGAGAUUGGUACAAGUCCAAUCACACGGACUUGAGAGCCCGAUUGGAUGGAGGCCACAAGUUGCCUCUGGCAGAUGGCAUCCUCAUCAAUGGUCGUGGAUCUGGCUACGCCCUCACGGUCGAGCAAGGCAAGACCUAUAGGCUCAGGAUAUCCAACGUUGGGCUACAGAAUUCGGUCAACUUCCGCAUCCAAAACCACAAGAUGAAGCUGGUCGAAGUGGAAGGAACGCACACUCUCCAGACAACUUACUCUUCUCUUGACGUCCACCUCGGCCAAUCUUACUCCGUUUUGUUCACCGCCGACCAGCCAGGGCAAGACUAUUACAUCGUGGUGUCUUCCCGAUGGACAACUCCGAUCCUCACCACUACUGGUGUUCUGCACUACAGCAACUCCGCCGGCCCAGUUUCUGGCCCACCUCCAGGUGGCCCGACCGACCAGGUCGACUGGUCCCUCAACCAGGCCCGCUCCAUUAGGACUAAUCUAACGGCAAGUGGGCCGAGGCCGAACCCACAGGGCUCUUACCACUACGGCAUGAUCAACUUGACGAGGAGCAUCGUUCUAGCCAACUCAGCUGGUCAAGUGAACCGCAAGCAGAGAUACGCCGUCAACAGCGUGUCGUUUAUUCCAGCCGACACUCCUUUGAAGCUUGCAGACUACUUCAAAAUCCAGGGGGUUUUCAAGGAGAACAGCAUCUCCUCUAGGCCCACGGGCGGGGGCAUCUACCUCGACACCUCUGUUCUCACCACUGACUACAGAACGUUCAUCGAGAUCGUGUUCCAGAACAACGAGGAUAUUGUGCAGAGCUGGCAUCUAGAUGGUUACAGCUUCUGGGUCGUUGGUUUGGAUGGCGGGCAGUGGACGACUGCCAGUAGGAACCAGUACAAUCUGAGGGAUGCGGUUUCGAGAUCCACCACACAGGUGUAUCCCAAGUCAUGGACUGCAAUCUACAUUGCUCUAGACAACGUUGGAAUGUGGAACUUGAGGUCAGAGUACUGGGCGAGACAGUACCUCGGUCAACAGUUCUAUCUGAGGGUUUUCACAACGUCGACUUCACUGAGGGACGAGUACCCAAUCCCCAAGAAUGCACUCCUUUGCGGCAGAGCUGCCGGCCGGCACACACGGCCGAUGUAA